CAAGUCCUCACUUCCUCCCUGCGAAGUCAUAAAAUCCCCUCAACUCAGUCUUCAUCACUGUAAAUAGAUUUUUAUUCUUCUCUCUAAUCAGGGAUCAGCUCUGCAAAGACAACAACAGCAGCAAUCAACAAUCAGUCUCGGUGUCUUCUGAAUGCCGUCGUCCAUCCACCUCCACUUCCUGCAGUAUGAGACGUCCGACCAGCUGCCAGCUCGCCCUCCUCCUCCUCUUCCUGAACCUCUGCCGGGGUCAGGGGUCGGACUCGGGCGACGGGAGGUCGGACUCGGGCGACGGGAGGUCGUCCUGCCAUCGCUGCGACUCGCAUCUCUCCUGCAACUGUUCCCACGGCGGAUUCACCCACAUUCCUGUGGUAACGGACCGAGCGCUGACCAUCGACCUCUCCUGCAACGCCAUCGCCACGGUGAUGGAUGACGACCUGAUGGGCCACACGCGACUCAGGGCUCUUGAUCUCCAUGGUAACGGAUUAGCUGCCAUCCAGCCGUCGGCCUUCGACUCUCUCUGGAGUCUGGAGGAACUGGAUCUGUCUGACAACCAGCUGGCUGCCCUCAACUACCGGUGGUUCAGAAAGCUAGAAGCUCUGCAGCAGCUCAACCUGCUCAGCAACCCGUACAGCUGCCUGGGUUCUCCGCCGCUGUUCCAGGGACUCAUCCAGCUGAGGAGGCUGGCGUUCGGAGGUCCAGCUCUGGAGGAGCUGAGGAGGGGAGAUCUGUCCGGAGUCACCCAGCUGGAGGAGCUCACCGUCCACGCCAACAACCUGACCAGAUAUGAGUCGGGCACUUUAGCCGACAUUUGGCCGCUGGGUCGUGUCACUUUGAGCCUCCAUGGUCCGUUCUUGACAAACAUGCCGGUGGCCUCGGCUGUGCUGGGGGACGUUUCGUACCCCGAGACGCCCAUCACUCUGGAGGACCUCCAUCUGAUCGGGAACUGGUCCGUUCAGCCCCUCAGAGAGUCGGCCAGGAAGAGGAUCAGGCAUUUGUCUUUCCGUAACCUGUCUGUGUCCGACGAGGCCGUUGUCAGCCUCCUGGUGGUGGUCGAUGGAGUUCCAAUCACCUAUCUUUCCGUGGAUGGUAUUACACUGACGGGUGAGGGCAGGUGGGAGAAGGCCAGCUAUACCGAUCAAAGAAGCAUCGACGAGUUCUUCGCCCAAGACGUCGUGGUACUGGACGUCUUCAAGUUUUUCUCUCUUCUGGACUUGAAGUUUUUGCUGCAAUACCUGAGGAGAGUGUCCGUCAUAAACUCCAAGGUGUUCGUGAUGCCCUGCAUCACAUCCAAACUGCUGGUGAACCUGCAGUACCUGGACCUGUCCGACAACCUGCUGACCGACCUGACGCUGGUGGAGACGCUGUGCGGCGACCACGAAACGCUGAAGGAGCUCCGAGUUCUGAACAUCAGUGGAAACCCUCUGAAGUCUUUGUCCACGGUGAGCCGGCUGGUCACGAAGCUCUCCAAGCUGACCCACCUGGACGUCAGCAGGACCGGCUACAUCUCAAUGCCCCCUAGCUGCCCUUGGCCCUCCACCCUGCGACACCUCAACAUCUCUGGGGCCAAGCUCACCACCACCACUCCCUGUCUACCCGCCACCCUGGAGGUGUUGGACCUGAGCAACAACAAUCUGAGAGGCUUCACUCAGCAUCUGCCAGUGCUCCGAGAGCUCCACCUCUCUGGGAACAAGUUUCUGAGUUUACCGCCUGGGCAGCUCUUCCCCAAUCUGCAAACACUGACGAUACACUCAAACACCCUGAACAUGUUCGGCCGCUUAGACCUCCAGUCAUUCAGGCGACUCGAGAGCCUCCAGGCGGGUCAAAACCAGUUUGUCUGCUCCUGUGACUUCGUCAAUUUCCUCCAGUCUGCGCUUAAAGGACACGAAGGCAUCCAUUUAACAGACGGUGAGGACAACUAUGUCUGCGACUCUCCUCUCUACCUGCAGGGGGAACCGGUGGGUCGAGUCCACCUUUCCAUUGUCACUUGCCACCGGGUUCUGUUUGUGUCUGUGAGCUGUGGGCUGGUGCUGGUUGUUGGGGUCCUGCUGGGUGUCUUCUUGUGGCGCCUCCAUGCCUUCUGGUACCUGAAGAUGACCUGGGCCUGGCUGAAGGCCAAGCACAGCUCCCGGUGCCGGCAGAGGCACAGAGUCAUCGAGGGUUCGGAAGCGUUGCUGUCAUUUGACGCUUUCGUUUCCUAUAGUGAGAGAGAUGCCGGCUGGGUGGAAAACUUCUUGGUGCCUGAGCUGGAGGAGCCGAGCGAGUCUGACUCCGGGGAUCCCAGAACCUUGCGGUCGUUGACGCUGUGCCUCCACAAGCGGGACUUCCUUCCUGGACACUGGAUCGUGGACAACAUCAUGAGCGCCAUGGAGCGCAGCCGGCGGACCGUCUUCAUCCUCUCCGAGAAUUUCGUGCAGUCCGACUGGUGCCGCUACGAGCUCGACUUCUCCCACUUCUGGCUUUUCGACGGGCACGCCGGCGGAGAGGCGGCCAUCUUGGUCCUGCUGGAGCCGCUGUCCAAGGACGACGUCCCCAAACGCUUCUACAAACUGCGCAAGCUCAUGAGCUCCACCACCUACCUGGAGUGGCCUCGGGAGGAGGAGCGAAGGCCGGAGUUCUGGAGGAGCCUCCGCAAAGCUCUAAGAGGAGGUGAUGAGGACGACUGAUGAGAAGGAAAGGAAAGAGGAAGAAAAAUUAGAGACAGAAAGACAGGAAGAAGAAGCAGUGAGGUGGGAAAGAUAUCAAUACUUUGAAAAAUGGGAGGGAAAAAAGUGUCUCCCUUUCAACUAAACAUUGCUUUGAUUUCUAAAAUACUUCACUCAUUACUCUAAAGCUGUCAAACUAUGGCACAAUUAACCCAUUAGCCGCCACAGGAUACUAUUCAGACAACUAUCCCUGGAUGUCUUGGAUGGUGAAGAACUUUUAACCAACUGUCACAGAACACCGUCACAGCUGGAAACAGUAAAUGGGUCAUUCCAGAAUUGGAGGACAUUUGGGCUUCAAAAUUUUUGCAAAAUAAACUUUGUCUUUUACAACUUUCUGCUCGAUAUUCAUCAAUAAUAGGUAAUAAACUAUCAAAGGCUUGAUUGGCUCAGCUUAUACAUCAAUGGUAGCAUUUUUAUUCCAUGUUUUCUGUGUUGUUUGCUAACCCUAAUCACAGUAACAGGAUUGCUAAUCCAUGCUAAUGUGAUCUUUUUCUCAGCAGUAGAAGCUAGAUAUUUAGCUGCUGUUACUGCUGACCAAGAGGACAAACUGACUGAUGGAAAACAGUCCAAAGAAUUAGUCUGAUCCUGAUAAUAUGAGGUAGAGGGAGACAUUCAAUCAAGGCUGACAAUGUUAUGAAAAUAUGAAAAAUAGAAGAGAGGACAUAGCUUUGCUCUAACCAUUCUUCAGGAAAACUGCUUGAUGAUGUAAACGAUGAAAACAAGACAUAAAAUGAUAAAAACAAGACAUUAAAUGACAAAAACAAGACAGAGAACAACAAAAAUGAAACACAAAACGCAAAAACAAGACAUAAAAUGAUAAAAACAAGACACAAAAUGACAAAAAUGAAACAUGAAAUGACAAACGAGACACAAAACAACAAAACAAGACACAAAAUAACUAAAACACCAAAUACGAGAUAAAAAAUGACAAAAAUGAGACACAAAAUGACAAUAACAAGACAUAAAACAACAAAAACAAGACACAAAAUACCUAAAACAACAAAUUCGAGACACAAAACGACAAAAAUGAGACACAAAAUGACAAUAACAAGAUACAAAUAGACAAAAAUGAAACACAAAACAACUAAAACGACAAAAAUGAGGCACAAAACGACAAAAACAAGACAAAAUACCUAAAACAACAAAUUCGAGACACAAAACGAUAAAAAUGAGACACAAAAUGACAAUAACAAGACACAAAUAGACAAAAAUGAGACACAAAACAACUAAAACAACAAAAAUGAGGCACAAAACGACAAAUACGAGACACAAAACGACAAAAACAAGACACAAAAUGACAAAAAUGAGACAUGAAAUGACAAAAACGUGACAGAAAACGACAAAAAAUAGACACAAAAUAACAAAAACGGCAGCAGGGUUGCGUGCAUGUUGUGGGACACAUGUUCCAUCCAUCAUAAUUAUUAUUUAAAAUAUUAUGUUGAUUAAAAAAAUGCUCCACAAUUACAAGAGAUAUCAUGAAAAAAAUUAAAACUGAAAAAAGGAGAUUUAAAUGUGAUUUUAACUGUUUUAUUUGAUAUUUAGUUUGGUCAUCGGGGGGGUGGGACAAGAGAAAAAUGACAUUUUAGGAGGAACUCCAGACUUAUUUGGUAUUUUUAAAAAUAUUUUUAAACAUUCUUCAGUCUCAGGACAAGAACAUUUACACAACAACUGCAUGUUUUAGUAUUUUCUACAUGGAUUAUUUUAAAAUUUGAUGGGUGGGAUGUAAAAUAUCAUGAAAUCGUUGUAUACUACGUUAAAAAAACUGUUUGCAGUGAUUACAUUUAGUGACAAAUCAAAAAGUCUGUUUGCAGGUAAACUGCAGAACAAAAGGAGAAAAGAAAUGUGGAGACAAAUUAAAUGUAGAAGUCAUCUGAUUUCUUUAACAUGUGAAGUCAUCACUUUUCUUUUUGCAGUGUUGGAUACUGUUGAUAACAGGGUUUUUUCAGUUUUGUGAAAUAAAUCAAAGAAAAUCAAC